AUGCGGAACAUGACGCUGCUGAUGCUGGCGCUCGCCGCCCUCCUGGGCGCGGCCCAUGGGCAGGUCAAAGAUGCGCCAGCCGCCGCCGGCCCCCUCUGGGACGGCCCCUGCCCCGCGACCUGGCCUGCCGGCCUGAAGGGCACCGGCGUCGCCCUCACCCUGAAGUUUGCCGCUGACUCCGACGCUGACUGCGCCGCCCCCGGCUUCGCGAGCGCCGCCGCCUCUGUGUCCUCCAAGUCCGCCGCGGCGCUCACCGCGGUCGGCGCGCUGGCGGCCGUCGAGACGCGCGUGCUCGACCCCAGCGGCAUCAAGUUCCUCCCGACCAACGUCGCAGGCUGCAAGAGCCAGGGCGGCGUGGGCGUGGCCCAGACCAUCGUGGACGCCACCAAGACGUGGCUGGAGUUCCCCGACGCGCGCUGGCAGCGCCAGCUGGCGGCCGACCUCCACCUGGCUGACGCCUGCCCCAGCAACCCCGCCUCCUACGAGCGCAAAUCCCUCGGCAAGGUCUGGACCGCCUUCUGCUCCGAGAUGGCCGCCGGCCGCCGCCUCGCGUCGGCCACGGCCUGCGUCCAGAACGCGCCGUCCGACAUCACUUACGUCCCCGGCCGCGCCGCCGCCGCCUGCUUCCCGGGAGACGCGGCGCUGAUGCGCGCGGACUCCGCGACGGGCGCCGCCCUCGGGCCGGCGCGGAUGGACGAGCUGGCGAUCGGGGACGCGGUACAGUGCCUGGUGCCAUCGGGCGUCCCUGGGGGUCGCCGCGAGACGGGGCUGUACCGCGACGACCAGCAGGCGUACGCGCCGGGGGUGUGCCACGUUUUUGGGUACCUGGAUGCCGACAAGGACCGCCGCGUGUCAUUCGUCGCCCUCCACUACACCGACGCCGCCGGCCGCCCCGCCAAGCUGCGCGCCAGCCCUGAGCACCUCGUGUACGUCGCCGCCGCCUCCAUGGCCGCCGCGUCCGCAUCCGCCGCCGCCGCGGCGCCCCUCAAGGAGCUGCCGCCGGGCGGCGCGGCGCGGCGCGCGGACGCCGUUUCGGUGGGCGACCUGCUUGCCGUGCAGUCCGAGGGCGGCGCUUACCGCCUUGCAGCCGUCAAGGAGAUCACCAGGGAGGUGCACCAGGGCGCGUACGCCCCCCUGCUGACCAAUGCGGGCCUGCCCCUGGUGGAUGGCGCCGCGGCCUUCUCCUGGGUGCAUCUGCUGCCCGACUCCGCGCCCCACCCCAUGCAGAACAUCGGGGAGUACAUGAGGCAGCGAUCCCUGGACGCGUCGAGCGCGAAUUUGUUUGUCUGA